CAAAAGUUUGACAACCGUUGAUAAAACAAACGUGCCUAUCUUCAGUUCAGAAACCAAAAGUCUUGCUUGGUGUGACAGCUCGAAUUUAUAAAUUAUGGCAAGUACAAGCAGCCAAACCGAUACUCAAGCAGUCACUGCCCGAAAAACCUGGGAGUUCCAAAAUAAUGUAGAAUCGGUAUCGAGCAUUGAUGAGUUGUACAAAUACGAUGCAAAACAACAACAACAAAUAUUAUCUUCCAAGCCAUGGGAAAAAGACCCCCAUUUCUUUAAAGACAUUAGAAUAUCAGCCUUAGCCCUAUUAAAGAUGGUUAUGCAUGCCAGAUCAGGCGGGUCUUUGGAGGUUAUGGGGUUACUUUUAGGGAAAGUAGAAGAUAGUACAAUGUAUGUAAUGGAUUCGUUUGCUUUACCAGUAGAAGGCACUGAAACCCGGGUUAAUGCACAAGCUCAGGCUUACGAGUAUAUGACUGGUUAUAUUGUAGCAGCUAAAGAAGUAGGUAGAUUAGAAAAUGCUAUUGGCUGGUAUCAUUCACAUCCUGGUUACGGAUGUUGGUUGUCAGGUAUUGACGUAUCAACACAAAUGUUGAACCAGAAUUUCCAAGAACCCUUUGUCGCUAUAGUAAUUGACCCAGUCAGAACAAUAUCUGCUGGUAAAGUUUGUUUAGGAGCCUUCAGAACUUAUCCAAAAGGUUACAAACCAGCUAACGAAGAACCGUCAGAAUACCAGACAAUACCUUUAAACAAAAUUGAAGACUUUGGUGUCCAUUGUAAACAAUACUACGCUUUGGAAGUUAGCUACUUCAAAUCCUCCUUAGACAGACGUCUACUUGAUUCGUUAUGGAACAAAUACUGGUUAAAUACUUUAAGCAGCUCAGGGUUAUUAACAAACGCAGAGUAUACGACAGGUCAAAUAUUUGACUUAUCAGAAAAAUUAGAACAAUCUGAAGCUGCUUUAGGUCGGGGUUCUUUUAUUGGGGCCAAUGCUGAUGAACGUAGGACUGAAGAUAGACUAGGAAAGGCUACACGAGAUUGUUGCAAGGCUUCUAUAGAAUUGAUUCAUGGUUUGAUGGCACAGAUGGUUAAAGACAAAUUAUUCAAUAGUGUCAGGUCAACAAAUACGUAAUUUUAAGUGUUGAUAAAGUCAACUGUGAAUAAAUUUGUUUUGUAUUUAUACAUAGGACAUAAUUAAAUAUUGAAUGAAAGCUGUUGUUUGUUUCGGAAGGAAUGAAGGGACCCAAUGUACAUGGAAAUAGAUGAAUUAGAUUUUUUUUGAACAGGACCCUAAUUGGGAGGCCAACAUAAUAAAACUAUUAUUCAACAUAAUAGGCCAACAUAAUAAUACCUACUAUUCUCUUUUUUCAAA